AAAUUGUUGAUCAAGAAACAUUGCAUCUCCUGGUCAUUAAAACACUAUAAAGAAAACAAAAAUUCAAGAAUCAAAACCCACCCCAUAAAUUUCCUUUCCUUUAAACAUAGUGAAGUAAUAAUCCAGACAACUUAAUUAUUGAGAUGGCAGAAGUGAAGUUGCUUGGUGUUUCACUCAGCCCUUUUAGUUGCAGAGUUGAAUGGGCUCUGAAGAUUAAAGGAGUGGAAUAUGAAUUUAUAGAAGAAGACCUACAAAACAAGAGCCCUCUGCUUCUUCAAUCCAAUCCUGUUCACCAAAAAAUACCAGUGCUAAUUCACAAUGGAAAACCCAUUUCUGAGUCUAUGGUCAUUGUUGAAUACAUUGAUGAAACAUUUGAAGGCCCUUCUAUUUUGCCUAAAGACCCUUAUGAACGAGCGAUGGCACGUUUCUGGGCUAAUUUUCUUGAUGUUAAGUGCUUGACUACAACUGGGAAAGCUUAUUUUGGCAAAGGAGAGGAGUCAGACAAAGCUAAAGAGGAAUGUGGUGAGUUGCUGAAGAUUCUUGAUAAUGAGCUCAAGGACAAAAAGUUCUUUGUGGGAGACAGCUUUGGGUUUGCUGAUAUAGCUGCUAAUUUGAUAGCAUUUUGGCUUGGAAUUGUUGAAGAAGCCUCUGGAGUAAUUUUGGUGACAAGGGAAAAAUUCCCCAAUUUUUGUGCUUGGAAAGAUGAGUAUAUUAACUGCAGCCAAGUUAAAGAAUAUUUCCCUUCAAGGGAUGCGUUACUUGCCCAUUUCCAAGCUCGCUUUCAAGCUGCGGCAGCCGUAUCAGCUCCCUAAUGAAACCACUUCUUUAUUUGUGAAUUAUCAUGAUUUUUGCAAUAAAACUACCUAUUAAAGAAAACUAGCUUAGCCUGCUUUUCACAGAGUAGGUAGUAUCUUGUGUAUUUGUUUUGCUGCUUUGUCAGUGGUUGUAUGUUAUUGUAAUUUCUUCCAGCUACUACAUGAUAAGAGUCAUGUUUUUAUCUUCUUCGCCUUAAACUAGUGGAGUUUGAAACAAAAGAUUUUUAGGGGUUGUUCACAACA